UACCCGGAAAACCAACAUGGUUGUUUGCAUAGAACUCGAAUAGGACGGUCACCUGUCAAACGGUAAAAGAGGAGACUCCGUCGGGACGCGUCGGGCCGCCGAGUUGAGGACGCUCGCCGGGAUCCUCUCUGCUUCGCUUCGUCAGAGUUGAUGAGACGAAGCGAAUCGCGCGAAGCGGAGCGUUGAGCCAACGUUAGCGCGUAGCGGAAGCUAACCGUUAGCUAGCAUGGACAGCGCGGCGCUGGAGCUCGAUGCUGUCAAGUUUGCCAAAACGGCCGUCACCUACGACCAGGCGGGCAAAUACAACGAGGCCGUGUUCUACUACAAGGAGGCAGCCCAGGCCCUGAUAUACGCUGGCAUGGCCGGGUCCAGGCUGGAGGGGAUCCAGGACAAAGUGAACGAGUACUUGGAUCGAGUGCAAGCCCUCCACAACGCCGUUCAGGCCCAGAAGAGCGACCCGCUGAAGUCCCGGCAGCAUGUGGACCUGGAGCGAGCCCACUUCCUGGUCACUCAGGCCUUCGAGGAGGACGAGAAGGGAAAUGACGACGAAGCCGUUGAACUGUACACUCAGGCUGUGGAGCUGUGCAUAAACACAUCCAACGAGACAUCGGACCAGGCGCUGCAGACCAAGCUGAAGCAGCUGGCCCGUCAGGCUCUGGACAGGGCAGAGGGUCUCAGAGAGUCCAGAUCAACUCCAACUCAGGACAGGAUGGGAACCCCUGAGGGAAAACCCGCCGCCGGCGCCGGCUCUGGCGUUCCUGUUCGCCAGUUCUUCCCCCUCGGGCCCGAGUUCAGCCUCCACGACCGUUCGCUGCCCCAGCCGGUCCGGGCGGUCCAGUCCAGCCAGCCCGCGGGUCAGCGCUACACGUCCGACGAGAUCGAGGUGCUCAGGAGUACGUCCACCGUCAACGGCAUAGCCUUCGUGCCCUUCAUGAGCGUGGACCUGAGGGAGCGAUUUGCCUUCCCUGUCCCCUUCUCGGACAAAGCGGGCAAACUGGCGCUGUCGCCCAAACAGAAAGCCAUCUUCUCCCGCUGGGUCCGACCGGACGAGAUCUCUGACAACCCCACCAUGAUCAUGUCCGUGUCCAGCUUCAGCAUCAAGCAGACGGUCGUUUCCGACUGUUCCUUCGUGGCGUCGCUCGCCAUCAGUGCGGCCUACGAGAGGCGCUACAACAAGAAGCUCAUCACCAGCGUCAUCUACCCUCAGAACCGACGGGGGGAACCCGAGUACAACCCCUGUGGGAAAUACAUGGUCAAGCUUCACAUCAACGGAGUUCCCCGGAAGGUGAUCAUAGACGACUUGCUGCCGGUGGAUCGUCAUGGAGAGCUGCUGUGCUCCUACUCCAGCAACAGGAACGAGCUGUGGGUCUCCCUCAUAGAGAAGGCCUACAUGAAGGUGAUGGGAGGCUACGACUUCCCCGGCUCCAACUCGAACAUCGAUCUGCACGCGCUGACUGGCUGGAUCCCUGAACGCAUCGCCAUGCACUCCGACAACCAGUCCUUCAGCAAGGACGACACCUUCCGCAUGCUCUACCAGAGGUUUCACAGGGGCGACGUCCUCGUCACCACGGCAACGGGGGUGAUGUCAGAGGAGGAAGGGGAGAAAUGGGGUUUGGUGCCGACUCACGCCUACGCUGUCCUCGACAUCAGGGAUUACAAGGGAAUGCGUUUCCUGCAGCUGAAGAACCCCUGGAGUCACCUGCGGUGGAAGGGCCGCUACAGCGAGCGGGACGAGAAGAACUGGACGCCGGAACUCCUCAAGUACCUCAACUUUGACCCCAAAACAGCCCAGAAGUUUGAUAACGGCGUCUUCUGGAUCUCCUGGGAGGACCUCUGCCAGUACUAUGACGUCAUCUACCUGAGCUGGAACCCCGCCCUGUUCAAAGACUCCUCCUGUAUUCACAGCAGCUGGGAUGGGAAACAGGGCCCAGUGAAGGACGUCUACAGUCUGGCCAACAAUCCCCAGUACAAGCUGGAGGUCCAGUGCCCGACGGGGGGGGCGGCCGUGUGGGUGCUGCUCACCAGACACAUCACUGACAAGGAGGAUUUUGCACAAAACAAGGAGUUCAUCACGCUUGUUGUUUACAAGACGGAAGGGAAGAAGGUUUACUACCCAGCGGACCCCCCCCCUUACAUCGACGGGAUCCGAAUCAACAGCCCCCACUACCUGACCAAGAUGAGGCUGACCAGCGCAGGGACACACACCUUCACGCUGGUGGUCUCCCAGUACGAGAAGCAGAACACCAUCAACUACACGCUGCGGGUGUUCUCCGGAUGCAGAUUCACCUUCUCCAAGAUCCCGAGUCCCUUCACCCAGACCAAAAGGGUCAACGGCCAGUGGAAGGGGCCCAGCGCCGGGGGCUGUGGAAACUACAAGGACUCGUACAAGCUCAACCCCAUCUACCAGAUCAACGUGGAGCGGCCCGGCCCGCUGCUCGUGGAGCUCCGGGGAUCCAGGCAGUACAGCGUCGGCUUCGAGAUGGUGACUGUGUCCCUGGUGGGGGAUCCCGGCCCGGCCGCCCCCCCCAAGAGGAGCAGUGGAGAUUACAGGUGUGGCUUCUGCUACAUGGAGGCGGACCACGUCCCAGCGGGCCUCUACAACGUCAUCCCCACCACCUUCCUGCCCAAACAGGAAGGACCCUUCUUCCUGGACUUCUCCAGCACCUCGCCCCUCAAGGUCUCCCAGCUCCAGUGAAGAUGGAGUGUGGGGGAGGGGGGGGGAUUACAGGUAGGCUGGGUUUGUGUGGGUGUCACACAUUCUGGGACCUUGAGGCCUCCAUGAAUUACGAGCCUGUCCUCAGCUGGUUCGAUGAUUCAACGCAUGAGAAAACCCGGAGGAAGAGGAUUAGUAGUGAUGUGCUUCCUUACUGUGUAUGGACCACAGUGAUCACAUGACCGCAGCCUGGGCUCAACAGUAACAACAGUAACAGGGUACAAUAAGAGAGAAUGACCUUCUGCAGCACACAUUAGUCUGUCACAGCCAACCCACAAUUAAUAAUGUACGUCACGUUAACACUUUUCCUCGUAAAGAAAAAUAAAUGAAGCUGCUAGAAGACGUAUGAAUACAAUCAAGGGAGGUAAUAAACAGAAAAAUACAAUCUGAAUCUCAUGACAACACUGUGACUUUAGUCGAGACUCCCUACUGCAAAACCACACCAGCAGGAUGAUGAUGAAGGAGGAGGAUGAUACUGGCAGCCAAGACGUCUCAUGAGAUCUGGUGACUUAGAUUUAAAAAUUCUUUGAGGAUAAAGUGUGUUUUUUUUUUUAUCUCAGGAGUGUGUGUGUGUGUGUGCGUCCUGUGUUCUAAAUAUACAGCACUUUUUUUUCUUUCUUUGCUCGUGUUUACUGUCUGUUUUGAGGAAGCUGCUCUCGUUCCUCACUUCCUUUUAGUAGAGAAUGUUAAAUCUGAAUGUAAAGAUCACUCAAACAGCCAAAGGUUACACGUCGCUGUCACGUUUACACGAGGAGGAGGAUUUGAACUUAUUUGAGUAUUUCUCAUUGUUUUGUGAAUCGGUUUUAGUCCUCAUGGGAUUUCUAAACGCUUCGGUUAAAAGUUAAAUAUAUUUUUAAAUAUCCACUGCCAAGUAUUUGUUUAUUAAUAUGGUCAUAAAUGCCAUGAUAUCAUAGGUCGUAUACUUUAAAUGAUGCAGGUGAUUUAUGAUGUAAUGUUUGCAGGACUUGCACUAAAUGUCGGCUCGACUGACUUUGAAUACAGAAAAUAGAAUCCUG